GUCACUAACCUACCUAACAAACAGCAUAAGCAAACAUACCACUAACCGUUUCCCCCCCAAAAUAGCUUGCACACCUACAAAGCAAGCACCCACCAGACUUGUCUCAACGGUUCAACUUUGCUUGCUUUAAUCUAUAAUCACAAUCGAGAAUUUUGACCAAUCUGCAGUCUGUUCACCAAACUUGGAGGCAUACAUCCAUCAUCAUGUCGGGUAUUUAUUGUAUUGUCGCACAGGAAACAUACCGCCACACCUCUGACGAUGAUUAUCGUGUGCGGGUUGACGCGCCCAUCGGUUUCCUGGCGUUCAGGCCAUCCGUCGUCGUCCUGUCAGCACGGCUGAAGCUCAGACAGAUAACCUAGGUGUUGUCUGGUCAAUCAAUACAUGAUCGUCUAUCUCCCCUUCGUGUUUUCUUGCCACUCUACUUUCCACGCUUUUUUUCUUUUCCUUUCUCCUUCACUGCUCCUUUCCUCUUCCUCGAUGGCCCCCAUCCAUUGCCUCAAUACCUAAAAUCCAUUUGGCGUCGUAGUCUGAGCGCCUACCGUGUGAGGUCCAUGGGUGACAGCAUCUCACACAGACUCGUAGACGCCGUCAACAAUUUCAAUGCCGCCACUUGGCGUUACUUCCUGAUCCUCCUAGUCUUACCUCUCGCGUCUUGACUGGUAUAGAUAUAGAUUAACCUGGACCAACCUCAGAACCUUUUGGUGGUCUUCAGCGCGCCAUGAACCACCUCCCAAGAUCACCGUCGCUCAGGAGCGAGAAGGAGACACAGCCAGGCAGAGCUUCUAGUGACGAUGAUAUCGAGGCGGCUCAGCCAGCAACCACCCAUGAUGCAGCUGUCGGCGCAGGCAUCCAUUCCGAGAAAGCUGAAGAAGCUCAGUCUGCUUCUCUCACCCACGAAAAACAUGCCGGAUCCCCAGCCGAAGCAGCGGGGCACAGCUCUUCAGACGAUGCUGCCGUAAGCCCUGGGGGCAUGUACAACCCACGCAGUCUAAGAUUCUGGGCAAUCAUGGGCUGCAAUUUUCUCGCCCUGUUCCUGGUGGCUCUCGACCGAACAAUACUAGCCACCGCGGUACCCAGGAUAACGGAUGAGUUUCACAGCUUGGGUGAUGUUGGCUGGUACGCCUCGUCGUACAUGUUGACCACUUCAGCGUCACAACUUUUGUUCGGCAGGAUAUACAAAUUUUACCCUACAAAAUGGACUUUCCUCGUGUCCAUAGUAGUUUUUGAAAUUGGUUCUGCCAUCUGUGGCGCAGCACCUAAUUCAAUCGUCUUCAUCGUGGGAAGAUCCAUUGCUGGCCUAGCAUCCGCCGGCAUAUUCACAGGAUGCAUGCUGAUGUUUAUGAUGGUGCCGUUGCACAAGCGGCCCAUGUUCCAAGGCCUCUUUGGAAUGACGUUUGCGAAGGCUAUUGCAAUCACCCAUUCUUGCCUGCCUGUCUUUGCCGCUCUUGACAUAAUCCUUCUGCUGCCUAAGGCGGCGCGGUGGUGUUUCUACAUGAACCUGCCAAUCGGACUUGUGGCGUUCGUGUGCAUGAUCUUGUGGUGGACUCCACCCGAAAAACAGACGGAGCCGGCACCGGUCCUCACGCAUAUCAAGCGCCUCGAUCCACUCGGAUCCUUCUUCUUCCUACCCGCCGUUGUUUCGUUGCUAUUGGCAUUGGAAUGGGGCGGCUCGACCUAUUCAUGGAACAGCGGUGUCAUCAUCGGCCUUCUAGUGGCAUGCGCAGUUCUGGUCUCGGCAUUUGCGGCUGUUCAGAUUCUGCGUCCCGAGACGGCCACCAUCCCGGCAAGAGUCAUCACACAACGCAGUGUCUUGUUUGCGACCCUCUUUACAUUCUUUAUUGCAGGCGGGAUGCUCAUGUGCGUCUACUUCCUCCCAAUAUGGUUCCAGACAGCUCAAGGGGUGGAUCCCCUCCGCUCGGGUAUCUACACACUGCCGUUGGUGCUCUCGCUCGUCGUUUCGAGUGCCAUGUCGGGCAUCUUUACGUCCAAGAUUGGCUAUUAUAUGCCCUCGAUGCUAUUGUGUCCAGUCAUCAUGGCAAUCGGCGAGGGUUUGAUGAGUACAUUCAGCCCAACCACGGACUCGAGCCAUUGGAUCGGUUUCCAGUUUCUCACGGGAUUCGGCCUGGGCUUUGGCAUGCAAACAGGAGGCUUGGCCAUUCAGACUGUUCUGCCCAUGGCUGAUGUCUCGACCGGAAUUGCAAUCAACAUGUUUGCUCAGCAGCUGGGAGGUGCUGUGUUCACUUCGGUUGGGCAGGCAAUCCUGAGUAAUGUGCUGGUGAAACAGUUGGUGGGCGUUGAUGGACUACAGGCCGAGGAAAUUAUCAAGGGAGGUAUCACCAACCUUCUUAGUCAUGUGCGCCGCGAGGAUCGAGGCCUGGUUAUAGGCGCAUACAACUUUGCCUGUACUAGGAUUUUCUUGGCUGCCAUGGGGCUCAGUUGCUGUGCCCUUCUAUGCGCCUUUUGUAUGGAAUGGAAAAGUAUCAAGAAGACGCAACCAGACAAACUUGUCCCUCAAGAUGCAACCGUCGACACGGCACCGGCUCUACUCAGCAAGGAAGGGGCCGUGGCUAGUGUCGGUCCCGGUUCAGGCGCCGACCGGGAAGUCGCCAACAUUAAAGAGUUCAUGGGGAACACACAAAUGGGAGACUCUGGAUCAAGCUUGGGGUCGGGAGCCGUCGACAGCAACACAGUAUCGGAGGCCACCAUGGCAAACAAGCCCAUGAACCGUCUCUCACUCCGGCACGAGGAAAUUCCCAUGAUCGCGAAACACACCAACGGCCUUGUGAUAGGCGUCGUGCCGUAUGGGGAAAGCCCAAGUGAUGAACCGACGCCGGACCAGUUAUUUUCCAAAGAUACCCAGUUGGAUCCAGCGCCGGCUAAAUUGGCAGAGAUGGAGACGGAGACGGAAACCGAAUCAGAAUCCGAAUCAGAAUCAGAGGCAGAGGCAGAGGCCGAUACAAAGCCGGAAGAAGCAGCAGAUGCAAAGUCAGAAACAGGUGCAAGGGCAGAAGCAGACGCAACGGCAGAGGCACAGGCAGAUGGCAGCGAUGGCGACAGCUUUGUGACAGUGACAGAGGAUACUAGCCUCGACGAGGAAGCUAAAGACCAAGGAGAAAUGAUGCCCCGCGGCAGCCUAGAUCUCCUCUUCCUACUCUCACCAGGGGCGCAGAAGAGCAGCGGAAUGGAUAAGAAGAAGCCGGAGGAAUCGGAAAGAGUGAUGGAUCACAAGCAGGCAUGAGCGCCCAAACAUAUCAAGGGCUAAUUUCUUUACUGCACCUCAUCUACUUGUAAUACGGCGCCUGGAGCAUCUUUAUCUUUUGUAAGCCACAUAAUUAUAUCUUUGGGUAGUUUAGAUAAUAAAUACCAAAAAUGGCC